CCUCGCAGGGGAGGGGGCUCGGCGUUGACGUGGGACGCGGCGGAGGCGCCGCAGCCGGUGGUGAUUUGCUAACCUAGCGGCAGAGAGGAGUUAAGGGUGAUGAGAGCGGGUACUGCGAACUGCCCGGCGAUGCCGCCGCUGCCGCCGUGAGAUCCGGAGCAACAGUUCCCCAGCAACACCCCUUCCCGGGUUCCAGGCACACCCCUCAACCCCCAGGCACGCACACCCACCCCAAGGCUCCAGGCUCUGCAAGCGUUCCCUCUGCUGUUGUAGAAGCCUCCCCUGCCCCACCUUGGCCCCAAGCAGAGAAGGAAAGAAAGCCCCAUGCCUGAACCGAGGGGAGCAUCAUGGAUCUGACAAAGAUGGGUAUGAUCCAGCUGCAGAACCCUAGCCACCCUACAGGGCUGCUGUGCAAGGCCAAUCAGAUGCGUCUGGCCGGGACUUUGUGCGAUGUGGUCAUCAUGGUGGACAGCCAGGAGUUCCAUGCUCACCGGACGGUGCUAGCCUGCACCAGCAAGAUGUUUGAGAUUCUGUUCCACCGAAACAGCCAGCACUAUACUCUGGACUUCCUCUCGCCAAAGACCUUCCAGCAGAUCCUGGAGUAUGCCUACACGGCCACGCUGCAGGCCAAGGCGGAGGACCUGGACGACCUGCUGUACGCAGCCGAGAUCCUGGAGAUUGAGUACCUAGAGGAGCAGUGCCUGAAGAUCCUGGAGACCAUCCAGGCAUCGGAUGACAAUGACACAGAGGCCACCAUGGCAGAGGGCGGGGGUGAAGAAGAAGAGGACCGCAAGGCUCGAUACCUCAAGAACAUCUUCAUCUCGAAGCAUUCCAGCGAGGAGAGCGGGUAUGCCAGUGUGGCUGGACAGAGCCUCCCUGGGCCCAUGGUGGACCAGAGCCCUUCAGUCUCCACCUCUUUUGGUCUUUCAGCCAUGAGUCCUACCAAGGCAGCAGUGGACAGUUUGAUGACCAUAGGACAGUCUAUCCUGCAAGGAACUCUUCAGCCACCUGCAGGACCCGAGGAGCCCACACUGGGAGGGGGUGGGCGCCACGCUGGGGUGGCUGAGGUGAAGGCAGAGAUGAUGCAGGUGGAUGAAGCCCCUGGCCAGGACAGCCCUGGGACAGCCGAGUCCAGCCUCUCAGGAGGGAUAGGGGACAAGCUUGAGGAAAGGAGCAAAGAGGGGCCUGGGACUCCCACUAGAGGCAGCGUCAUCACCAGUGCCAGGGAGCUGCAUUAUGGGCGAGAGGAGAGUAGUGAGCAGCUCUCACCUUCGGUUGAAGCUAGCCAGGGACCUCCUGGACGACAGGAGCCCCUGGCACCCCCCGUGGAGAAGCAUUUGGGCAUCUACUCAGUGUUGCCCAACCACAAGGCCGAUGCAGUGUUGAGCAUGCCGUCUUCGGUGACCUCUGGUCUCCAUGUGCAACCUGCCCUGGCCGUCUCCAUGGACUUCAGCACCUAUGGCGGCCUGCUGCCUCAGGGCUUCAUCCAGAGAGAGCUGUUCAGCAAGCUGGGUGAGCUGGCUGUGGGCAUGAAAGCUGAGAGCCGUCCCCUGGGGGAGCAGUGCAGCGUGUGUGGGGUCGAGCUUCCGGACAACGAGGCCGUGGAGCAGCACAGGAAGCUGCACAGUGGAAUGAAGACAUACGGGUGUGAGCUCUGCGGAAAACGGUUCCUGGAUAGUUUGCGACUGAGAAUGCAUUUACUGGCUCAUUCAGCGGGCGCCAAAGCCUUUGUGUGUGAUCAGUGUGGUGCCCAGUUCUCAAAGGAAGAUGCCCUGGAGACACACAGACAGACCCAUACUGGCACGGACAUGGCUGUCUUCUGUCUGCUGUGUGGGAAGCGCUUCCAGGCACAGAGCGCACUCCAGCAGCACAUGGAGGUCCACGCGGGUGUGCGCAGCUACAUCUGCAGUGAGUGCAACCGCACCUUUCCCAGCCACACCGCUCUCAAACGCCACCUUCGCUCACACACAGGUGACCACCCAUAUGAGUGUGAGUUCUGCGGCAGCUGCUUCCGGGAUGAGAGCACACUCAAGAGCCACAAGCGCAUCCACACAGGGGAGAAGCCCUAUGAGUGCAAUGGCUGUGGCAAGAAGUUCAGCCUCAAGCACCAGCUGGAGACGCACUACAGGGUUCACACAGGUGAGAAGCCCUUUGAGUGCAAACUCUGCCACCAGCGCUCCCGAGACUACUCGGCCAUGAUCAAGCACCUGAGAACGCACAACGGUGCCUCUCCCUACCAGUGCACCAUCUGCACGGAAUACUGCCCCAGCCUCUCCUCCAUGCAGAAGCACAUGAAGGGCCACAAGCCUGAGGAGAUCCCACCUGACUGGAGGAUAGAGAAGACGUACCUCUACCUGUGUUAUGUGUGACCUGGGGACCCACACACAUGGUAGAGCAGCAGCAGGAGGCAGCAAAGACAAGCUAGAGCGAGAUAAAGAGUAAAGACUGUGGAGAAAAGAAAUCAGAAAGAAAAGGGAAAUAGAAAAGAAACAGAGAGAAGGAGAAGGAAACCUGGUAGUUAUUUGGGCUUGGAUUCCUUCUGGGGCUCCAGGUGAUCUGGCUGUCAUACUGCUGCCCCUCCCCCUGAAGGUCUCAGCCCUCCUUGGUUCUCUUGGGUGGGAUGGGGUGGUUUUGCUCAUUCACACAGUGGCAUAUUUUUCUCCUCUCCAAAACCCAGACCUUCCUUUUGUGCCCAAAAAUGGAGACCAAGAAGCAGGUGUGAGGUCCUCUGGUCAGCUGAGGGCCUCUGCCCUGACUCCUCCCAUCCCCUCCUCUGAAGAGGGUGGGAAGGGAGCAGAGAGGGCAGCUGGAGAUGGUAGAGGAUGCCUCAUUGAUGCUCAGAGUGGCAGCUCUGGCAUACUGGCGGUAGACUGAGAAGGGAAAGGCUUUUUGCUCUGCCCAGCUACAUCUGGUGCCCCUCAAGGUCUCAGAGCCUUGUGGCGCUUCUCGUUCUUCAGCUUCUUACACCUGCUUAAUGGCUGUCCUUUGCUCACAAGGGGCUCAUGCCCUGUGUGGAUCUGGACUAUAUAUUACUUAGGUUUCUCCUGGGGAAAGCUGUGUCGGAUUCCAAAACCCCUUCCUUCCUUCCUUCCUUCCUUCCUUCCUUCCUUCCUUCCUUCCUUCUCUUAGCUUUCAGAGAACACAGAACAAAAUAAACUAAGCACUGUACCCCAGCCAGACUCCCUCAUGAGCAAGAUUCCCGCCCGCUGAGCUGCUUUCUGCUUGCAAAAUGGAAACAAAACAAAACAAAAACCAACUAAAUAUAUUCCAUCCAACAAGCGCACAUCCCUGCAACCCCAAUUUAGCCCCUCUGGGAAGGAAUCCCAUCAUCCUAUUGAAAGGUCCCAUUGUCCAAGAUAAGGAGUUGGGUGCCCUCCUGCGGGUGAACUUUACUUGCAGAUGGGAGUGGAUAUGCUUGAUGCCUGAGCAGAGUGGGAGGAUUGGCCAGGGGAAGACAGGAAGACGUUGCUAUCACGCAGGGGUCCUUUAAGCACAGGGAAAACCCCAGAUCUGGAGAUUAGCACCGAAUUCCUGGCGCGGGCCUCUCAGCCCCCAGGGAGCAUGAGGAGGAGCUGAUGGCGCUUUGGCCUCUUGUUAUGUUUGCUUUUAGCACAUUGUACUUGAAUUACCUCAGUUUCUCUCUCUCUCUCUCUCUUUUUUUUGUGACCUCAUGAGCUUUUCAGUCCCUUAUCUCCUCCCCACCUUUUUGGGUGUGUGUGUGGUGGGUCUCUAUUGGAGGAAAGGGGAGGGUGUAGUUUCCUGUUCUAGCAUAAGUUAAUAGUUGGUUUUGAACUUGACCUGGUAGAGGACCUCCGCUUCUCUGGGUGGAAGCUAUAAGAAAAAGUGGACCACUCAGGAUCUGAAUGGAAGUCCAGGAGGACUGAGGAAGGUGGUGGGAAUGGAGAGAAGGAUGACCCGGUUCUCACCAUCCCCGUAGUGUCACUGUAGGCACAGUCCAGGACUUAGAUCACCAGCGCCCAGCUUCAGCUCAGCUUGAAAAGCCCCAGGGGCCUUAGUCUGGGCUGGUUAGGCUUGAGGUGUCCUGUUACUAAGAUCUACACAGCCACAUGGUCCACACUUUCUGCUGUUACCACGGCCAGAGUUUUCAUGGCUACUGUGUGUGUGAGAGGAGAGGACCAGCUUGGUUUUGUUGUACUGGGUGGGGCAUUGUUUCUCUAAACGCUACCUCUUCUGUUUGUCCAGCCUUUUGUCCCUUCUGCAUUUCUGCCUGUUCCCACCCUGCAGCCUCCCCCACCCUGAGUUUUGGAAAGCACAUUUGCAAUAAUCCCCUUUGCUUUAGGAUGGACCCCACCACCCCUUUCAUUUCUUUCGUGCUUUAUGUUGAAGAUAUAUUGUUGUUUUUCUCUCCUCUUUUUUGUGAGAGAGUCAUGGCUAUGUUUUGAUCUUAGAUUUUAAAAAGUGGUUUAGGGAAGCAGUUGGUAGGGAUGAAGGAUUGUAAAAUGUAACAGAAAGUCUGAGGGAAGGGGCACUGCUAUAACCCCUUCCCCUGUCCCUAGGCCACGCCCCCAUCCCUCCCAUUUCCCCCUUCAAUCUCAUCCACCAUAUCUGAAGGCCUUAAAAAUUGUGUGUUGGGAGGGUAUGGCUUGGGGGAUGCUUGACUCCCCGAUGUGAACUAGGGAUGGUAAAGAGCAGAGGGCACUGUGUUAGAACUAUAGUGAUGAUUUAGUGCAUUGGAAAGGAAAAAAAAAGUUUAAACUUGAGGUAUGUGACCAGAACAGUUGUCACACUUAUAAUGUGGAAUAAGAAUCUUUUUAGGGAAGAGCUGUCUUUAAAAAUCAUUGUGCACUAUGGCUCCCUCCUCCAGUCCAGGGGGAUAAAAUGGGAACUGUUGACCUUCAGGGGAUCUAUAAAUCUCAGAAAACAGUAUUUUUAACAGUAAGAUGUUAUUCAAGAUUAGUGGCAGAGGGAAAAUAUCCAAAUAUUCCAUAGAACUGCCUGGUCUCUUCCUUCUCAGCCCUUCCCAUUCAUCCUGCCCCCACCCCUGCCCAAUCAUAAAAGCUUGAGAGGGCUGAGCUGAUCUUUGCAAACUGUAAUAUUUUUGUAGUAUUUGUUAGUUCUUCUUAAGUUCUACAGGAUCUUGCUCUUUCCUUUUAUAGUGUGAAUAGGGAGGGAAAAGAUUUAAAAGGAGAAAAAGUUAAAAAAAAAGUUCAUCACCAUCAACAGCAAAAUUUGUGUGUGUGUGUGUGUGUGUGUGUGUGUGUGUGUAUGUGUGUAGGUGAGGUCACACUGUAUUGUCUGUGCUGCUGUCUCACUGUUGGUUGGUACUCACUCAGCACCUACCUGCCCUGUCUGUCCCUGAGGGUUCUGGAGAUCCUAGUGGGAGCAGAGACAGCUUAGAAGGGACAUCUUCCUUCUGUUUCCUUUGCAGCCCAGACCCCAAAAGAUGUUCCACCAUGCCUCUCCCCCAGCUUCCCGCUCACAAAGAGGAAAUGGUUUUACAGUUGCCAGGGCCUUCUCUGCUGGGUUGAUGGCCGCUGGGCAGGUAGGAGGCUGUUGGGAAGUCUUCUGCAGCAUCCGGAGUUGGGGAGGCCAGAGGGUGGAGGCACUGUCCUUCCCAGGGAAGCUUGAACUAUAUUUGCUCCACUCCUCUUUGGGCCUUCUGGUUCGUCAUGCCUCUGCCUUUGGCUGUGUUCUUAAAGAACCCUGGAACCCCUACUUAUUGCUGCCUUAUCAGCUCGGUGACCUCCCACCUAGCAAAUCCAAGCUGCUUACUGCUGCCCAGCGUCUACGAAUGACUCCCCUGAUGGUGACCCUACCCUCAGUGCUUCUCCCCUGCUCGCUCCUUUGCUCAUUUAAAGCAUUAAAAUCCUAUCUGUAUAUAGGAUAAACAAAUAUAUAUAUAUAUAUAUAUAUAGAAAGAGAGAUAUAGCGAGAGAGAUAUAAAAUAGAAAAACGUCAUUGCUGCUUGGUUGCUUUAUGUGAAGAAGAGAAAGGCAGAUCUGGGGUACAAGGGUGGGUUGCAAGGCUGGGAGAACCCAGUGAUUCAGUACAAUCCAGGGAUGCCACGUGGGCUUAUUUAAAUCUUUGUGCCUGAACACUUUUUCCAUGUUGAGAGAGAGAAAAAAAAAAACUGCUGCAAAUUUUUACAAGUGUAUGGUACGCUUCCAGGUGGGAUGGAUGCAACUGGGAUGAGAGGGCCAGAGUCCCUUCUUAGAGGAGAGGGAGCAGGAAGCACUUUUGGUCUUGGGGCAUGGUGGGGGAAGUGGAGUGGGUAGACUUUUGGCCAAUCCCCUGGCAAGCCAGACUAGGGUGGACAUUGGGGACACUGACAAUGUGAGACAGAUUCAUAAAGAGCUAAGUUUCUGUUGAUUUACUUUUCCCUGUUUGAUAUCUCACCCCCUUCCAUCCAGUCUUCUCUCCUGGGACUUCUGGCUUGGCUACUGUGGCUGCACUUAUCUGGAGAUGCCAGUAGGAGGACAAACAGUAGAACUAAUGGGUAGGGGGGAAAGAGAGAGAGAGGGAGGUAGAUACCCAAGAGAAGGGUAUAGGACAGACAGAACAGACAGGAUCCGGGGAAAGAGUGAGGAGAAAGGAGUGAAAGCCCCAGCAAGCCUGCCUGCUGGCAGCUCCGAGUCCUCUGCUCCUGGGUGGCCCACUUUGCAGACAGGGUCCCUCGUCCCCACGUGUAUCAUAGUAUUUGUUCACAUAGUGUUAUGCAUGAAUCCUCGUAAGGUGAAGAACCGUCACGAUGCACCAUGCCAUCGCCCUAUAUAUAAAGAUAAAUAUAUAUAUAUAUAUGUAUGUAAGUUAUAGCACUGAGGGCCUCAUGGCCCUGCUGGACCAAGCAAAACUAAGCCUUUUGGUUUGGGUGUUAAUUUUUUUUUUUUUUGUCUGAUGUUGUGAGAGCACAAGUGCCAGUCCAAUUGCUUUGUAUCACAGAAUAGUGUUUUUAAUUCAUCAAUGUUCUAGUUAAUGUCUACCUCAGCACCUCCGCUUAGCCUAAUCUAGGAGGUCGCCCAAUUUCGUUUCUUCAAUUUUAUUGGUUCUUUUUGUUGUUGUACAAAUCACUCUCCCCACCCUUGUCUCUCUCCCCCUUCCUCUCUCUCUUCCUCACCCACCCUGCACCUCCCUCAGGUCCCCCUCCCUCAUUAGCCCCAUCUCUCCCUCCCCUUGCCUCACUCUCCUCCAGUCCAGAUUGCAGCUUCUUUCUCGUCCACUCAAGUGUGCUCCCCGUUGCCCGCUUACCCUGCCUUCGUUUUGUGUAGAUUGAUGCGUUUCUUUGUAACUUCAGUGUUUCUGACAAGAUUUAAAAAAAAAAAAAUAAGAAAAAAAAAACAAACGAAUUUACUGCUGCAGGUUUUUUUCUCCAUGUGUCACUAAGUGAAGUUUGUGCCUUCUAUAGCAAAGAGAAUAUUUUUUACAUCCUACUAACAGUAGAUUUUUUUGUAGUGAACAUUUUUUGUAUUUUUAUUUAUAAGUCUCAUAAGAAAAAAAUAGCGAUGUUCAGUUGUAUACCUUGAAUCUGCAGUUAGAAGAGAAUAAAGUUAAUUCAGUUGUCUC